UUCCUCACAUUAAAAUACUUUAGUUAUCCCCUGUAGGAGUGUCUGCGAUUUUUUUAUUUAUUUAUUUUUUUUUUGGUAUUACUUUGGUUUCCUCAAGUUGGGAGUAGGCCUUGUGGUUUUGGACUUGAAAAGAGCUGAACGAUACUAAACAAGGCUCAAGAAGUGCAGUUUUGACAGGGCUUGGUGUUGGGGGUGGGCUGCGGCAUCAUGGCCACAGAAGAGGGCAGCGGAGACGUCCCUAUAGAAAGACGCCCGACGGACAUCGUGGGCCACCCAGAACCGGGCGAGACCACACACGGGAGUGACCCUGGCGGGUUGUCUGUCCUGGAGCAGCUCGGCCUGGACCACAGCUCAGACUUUUCAGACUCAAGCGUGCAGCAGCGGCUGGACGAGCAGCGUGAGCGAAUCCGCCGCGAGAUCCGUAAGGAGUUAAAAAUAAAGGAGGGCGCGGAGAAUCUGCGCCGGGCCACCACCGACAAGCGCAAUGCUCAGCAGGUGGACAACCAGUUGCGCAGCUCCAACCGCCGCCUCGACUCGCUCCAUGCCCAGCUGCAGGAACUCGAUGCCCAUAUUGUCGUCAAGGGAACUGACGACACGCGUGAUGAUGUGCCCCAGUCUCCAGGGGCAGAGAGCCGAGCAUCUGCUCAUCAGGAACGCAUCGCAGCCCUGGAGAGACAGCUCAACAUUGAGCUCAAAGUCAAGCAAGGAGCCGAAAACAUGAUCCCAAUCUACGCCAAUGGCUCUACAAAGGAUAAGAAGAUGCUACAGACGGCCCAGCAGAUGCUUCAGGACAGCAAAACCAAGAUAGACAUCAUCCGCAUGCAGAUCCGUAAGGCAGUGCAGGCCUUCGAACACAACGAGGACAUACAGGGUAAGCCUGACCCGUGUGGAAUGGAGCUGAGGAUUGAGGAGUUGAGGCAUCAUUACCGAGUGGAGCAUGCUGUGGCUGAGGGAGCCAAGAAUGUACUGAGGCUGCUGGGGGCCAGUAAAGUGCAGGACAAGAAGGCCAUGUCAGAGGCUCAGUGUCGUCUGAGUGAAUCCUCUCAGAGGUUGGAUUUGUUGAGGGAUUCUUUAGACCAGCGUCUGGCUGAGUUGCCUGAGGAUCACCCUAAAGCGUGUUUAAUUAAAGAGGAGCUGGUUCUGGCCUCCUCGCCCGCUUUCAGCUCCAGACACGGCGCCCCCUACCUGCACAACCAGUACAGCACCCUCUCCAAACCAUCACCGCUCACUGGCACGCUGCAGGUGACGUUGCUGGGCUGUGUGGGCGUGAUGGAGGUGGUUCCGGGUCGUUGCCGUGGCAGCCCGGUGGUAUUGCCGUGCUACAGUCCGGGUGAGGGUCGCUCGUUUAUGCGCAGCGGGAAGGGCCUUUACAGCCGCAGUGGCAGCGUGAGCGGCAAGAACUCGCUCAAAACAGACGAACUCUCCUCGGAGGUGAGUGCAGUGCUGAAGCUGGAUAACUCUGUGGUGGGUCAGACGGCAUGGAGGACUGUAGGAGAACAGGCCUGGGAUCAGACCUUCACUAUAGAGCUGGAGAGGAGCAGAGAGAUGGAGAUUGCAGUGUACUGGAGAGAUUACCGUUCUCUGUGUGCACUGAAGUUUCUGAAGCUGGAGGACUUUCUGGACAAUCAGAAACACAGAGUUCAGCUGGAGUUAGAACCACAGGGCCUGCUGUUGGCUGAGGUGACAUUCUUUAACCCUGUCAUUGAGAGGGUUCCACGCCUUAAGAGACAGAAGAAAGUCUUCUCUAAACAGCAGGGUAAAGCGUUCCUGCGUGCUCGUCAGAUGAACGUGGACAUCGGCACGUGGGUGCGGCUUUUAAGAAAUGCUAUUCCAACAGUUAACAACACAGGAACCUACAGUCCGAGUUCAGCUCACACAAUACAGUCUGGGGAGAUCUCUGUGGAGAAACUGAGUCUGGACUGUGACUCUCCCAUGAGAGUGGACCUCAGGAGAGACGUGACAGAUGCACACACUCCAGAGAGACAGCCUGCCACUGAGCCAUGCCCUCCUCAAGAAUCUUCUACACCUCAGCGAAACAGCAGAACACACUCACUCAGCAGCAAACAGAAAAAGACACCAUUGGGGCUGCAGGACUUCAGAUUGAUCGCUGUGCUCGGCAGAGGCCAUUUUGGCAAGGUGUUGCUGUCGGAGUAUAAGAAGUCAGGCACUAUGUACGCUAUCAAAGCACUGAAGAAAGGAGACAUCGUGGCCAGAGAUGAAGUGGAGAGUCUGAUGUGUGAGAAGCGGAUCUUUGAGAUCGUCAACAGUUCUCAGCACCCGUUCCUGGUGAAUCUGUUUGCGUGUUUCCAGACACCGGAGCAUGUGUGUUUUGUAAUGGAGUACACAGCCGGCGGAGACCUAAUGAUGCACAUCCACGCUGACGUCUUCACCGAGCCACGUGCUGUGUUCUACGCUGCCUGUGUUGUGCUAGGCCUUCAGUUUUUACAUGACCAAAAGAUUGUAUAUCGGGACCUGAAGCUGGACAAUCUGCUGCUUGACACAGAUGGAUAUGUGAAAAUAGCCGACUUUGGACUGUGUAAAGAAGGUAUGGGAUAUGGGGACCGGACGAGUACGUUCUGUGGAACUCCAGAAUUUUUGGCUCCAGAAGUUCUGACGGACACGUCUUACACACGAGCCGUGGACUGGUGGGGCCUUGGAGUCCUGAUCUAUGAGAUGCUGGUUGGAGAGUCUCCAUUCCCAGGGGAUGAUGAGGAGGAGGUGUUUGACAGUAUAGUGAAUGAUGAAGUCCGUUACCCACGAUUCCUGUCGUCUGAAGCUAUCGCCAUUAUGAGGAGGCUUUUAAGGAGGAACCCGGAGCGUAGGCUGGGCUCAGGAGAGAAAGAUGCUGAAGAGGUCAAGAAGCAGCCUUUCUUCAGGAACAUGGACUGGGAGGCUCUUCUUCUUCGGAAACUUCCUCCUCCUUUCGUUCCCUCUAUUGGAGACAAAGAGGACGUCAGUAACUUUGAUGAAGAAUUCACGACGGAGGUGCCGACUCUCACUCCGCCUCGGGAACCCCGCGUGCUCUCGCGCAAAGACCAGGACAGCUUCCGCGACUUUGACUAUGUCUCCGACCUCUGCUGAACUUCCUUGAAUGUCACAGGGAGGUUGAGGGCCACGUGGAAGUUGUCCAGGAUUAUUCUGUUUUCUCUUCGACUGUGAUACCGGCGUAGCUAUGCCAUUACCACUACACUGUGACUCGGCGAAAAAUAAGGGCAGGCCAUCUUGGCUGGCUUAUGUAUUUUAUGGACGCCAGAAUGACGUUUGCAGAGACUACGGCUUGAUGAAUGUGUGGAGUUUUACGCUGUAAUGGAGAAAGAACUACACAAAGGACAAGAAACGAGAGAUGGAUAGUGAGAGAAUCGUGGACUCGGCAAGAGAGGAGGUGCUAAGGGCCAACUAGCAAAUUUCCAAAACAACAAUGACAGAUAAAUGUGUAUUUGAAAGGAAAAAGAACGUGUGGUCAAACGUAGUCUUUCCCAUACCGCCUCUUUCUGUCUCUCACUUCUGCCUUUCAAAAUCAUUUAUUAAUGGAAGAUCGAGACACUGAGAGCUUCCCUCCUUACCUGUGAGGUGUCUGAACCAAGUGAGACUUUUUACACACUGUGAUCUCUGAAAUGUUGCGAACGGAGAAUGAAAAUGCCUUAACUUUAUACUCUUUCCCUUUUAAAACUUUUAACUUUGAACUCUUUUACUUUGAAGCAUGUUAGUCAAAGGAACUGAAAAGGUUGCCUUGAAUGGACGGUGUGAUGUGAUGAAUAUAAAAAAACACAAUUGUAAGAAUCAUGAACUAAGGUUUAUAUGAGCUAAUAUACAUAAGCAACAUUCACUGCUUAUUCUGGAUGUAUCUAGUAUUUUAGAAGAGCAGAAAAGGUGAAUUUGACAAAAUUGGCCCUCAAAUAUGCCAAAAUAGAGGACUCUUUGAACAAUGGAUUGUACCCACCAUUUUUACCGUGAAAAACAGGAAACCCUAAUUUAAGACUUAAAGGAGUUUAAAAGAUGGAGCAUCACUAUUCAUGGAUUUAGUCAAGUGCAAACUUAAUUUGUGGUGUGAAUAAAAAGCCCACAGGAUCUAAAAUCUCUAUAUGUGGGCUGAUUUCUAGAAAAGUUUUUAGCACAUGUGAAAGGCACUGAUCCUGGACCAGUACUAUUACUCUGAAAUUCUUAAAGGAAUACUCCAGCGUUUUCUGCUACAUGUAUGUUGUUCCAUCACUUACCACAGACAAUAAUUCUGAUGUGUUUCCUGUACUUAGAAAACAACAGAAAACCUGUUAGCUUAAAACUCUUUCAAUAGAAACCAUUGAGCAGUUGCUGAAUUAGACCAUAUUACACAAAUUUAAAACUCCAGCUGUUACACUUUAACAUUAAAGGUCUUAGGAUGAGACAGACAUGAGAGGAAAAUGCUGCUAAAGCUGCUUUAUAAAGCUUUAACCAGGUUUUCAACACUGAAGCCAACGGUAAAAAAGCAACUGCUGUGUUACUGUGUUACUACUGUGUACAUGGCAAUCAGGCCCACUAUGCUGAUAAUAUGUUGCUGCAAAUGACGGAUACUGGAUGCAUUAGAUAACUUAGGAUAAUAUUUGAUAUGCAACUUGUUUGUUUAAAUUCUGAAACUGAAAUUAGCCAGAAACAGACAAAAUAUAAUUCAGCAAACAAAAUGGGCUGUGAAAUGCUUUACAGUCUGGCUGGAACAAUACUACAUUCAGGUAAAGGUAUAGCAGGCAUGUCAAACUGGGGACCUUCUGGGCCAAAGAGCUGCAGAUACUAAGGUUUACCCUCAUCUAAUGCUCAGUUCAUGAAUGCCUUGCUAAUUAGCCGAGGAGCUGUAUCAGAUGUGUUUAAUAAGGCAGUAUGCCAAAGUCUGCAGUGUGUGUAUAUACAUACAUAUAUAUAUAUAUAUAUAUAUAUAUAUAUAUAUAUAUAUAUAUAUAUAUAUAUAUAAUCAAAUAACGUAAUAUCCAUACAGCAGAAUGGCUACUAAAAGCUCAUAAUUUAAAGAAAGAAUUAUACAGAUUAUACAGAUUUAUAAAGAUUAUACAGAUUUUACAGAUUUAUGACUUAAUUUACAAAUACCUGUAACUGAAGAAUUCAUGAAAAUUGGCAACAAAAAUAUGUAUUUCACUUACACUUUACUGAGAAAAUUUAGCAACUAGUCGGUGGAUUCUAUUCUAAAUGCAUUGCAAGUCACUGGAUUUCACUUCUUUUCUAAGUACAGAAAAAUGUAAAAUUAUUAUCAUCAAAUUUAUUGACCAUGGUAACUGAUCAUAUGCAACAUGUUGAAAAACACUGGAUUAUUCCUCUUAAGGAUUGGACCUGAUUUUACUUUUAAAACUACAGGGCUGCUGACAGUUCUUGGUUUAUUUUUUUGAAUAGGAGGUUUUAUUGUUUCAUUAUUUUUAGGUGGAAAUGUAUGGCAAAGUCAUGCACGUGUUGUUUUUUUUCUUAGCAGAAUUAUUUUUACUUUAAAUCCCUUUUUUGAAACCACUGGCUUGUCAAAUAUUAUGGAUGGAUUUUUUUUGUUUUUUUUUUGUGCAAAAUUAAUUUUCACUUUUUCAUACCACAGAAACAUUAAUACACUGUGAUAAAUAUGUAGCACAACCUUUAGUACGGACUUUGGCUUCAGAGCUUAUUGACCUUAAUGGCUCACCCAUCACAAAAUCAGAGACGGCUACCAUCCACUCCGUAAAGAAGUUAUACCAGUGGUUUGAAGGUCAGUGUUGAAUCUGUUUGGCUGCGAAUCAGUGUGUCCAAUGUACGACUAUUACACACCAUCAAAACUCUUGAGUUAAGCUCUAUUUAUAAAGACUUGUUGGAAUGAC